GCGCCGGGGCGGAGAGCAGCCGAAGGCGGGGAGCGGCUCCGCCUGCCUCAUCUCGGCGAGGCUGGGAACCGGCAGCCCCGGAGCCAGCACCGGAACCGACCUGGCCGCUGCCGAUGGCACCGCUCUGCUGCCACCAAGGAGGAAGGUGCUGACCCAGUGCUUUGAAGCUCUGAGAUUCGCUUCCUGGGGGCUCAGCAGGAUGGUGCCAGCCAGCUAAGAGCCUGCUGCAUCCCUGGCAGCGCUGCUGUGACUGAGUGGUCAGCUGGGACCUGCGGCACGCCAGCUGGCACAGCGAGCACCGUGGCUCGUGGCCCUGCCUUGGGGCCCUGUGCCUGAAGAUGGGCGAUGGUGGCUGGAUCUCGCUCAGCCCCACUGAGUUUGCCCAGCUCCAGCAGUACACAGACUACUCCACAAAGAAGCUCAAGGACGUCCUGGAGGAGUUUCAUGGGGACGGUGUCCUCUCAAAAUACAACCCUGAACAGCCUAUUGACUAUGAGGGAUUUCGCCUCUUCAUGAAGACCUACCUGGAGGCAGACGUGCCUGAGGAGCUUUGCCAACACCUCUUCACCUCCUUCAGGCGUAAGAUAUGCCAAGCCUCCCCCGAGGCCCAGCGCCAGAGCACUGGCAUCUCACAGCUCAACAACCUUGGGAUCAAUGGGAAAAUGCUCCUAAGUGCCCUGGGACGACACACUGCCGAGCCCAAGAGCUGCCAGAGCAAUGCAGCUGAGCCACUGCCAGCGUCCCUCACCCCAGCAUCAAUCCCCAACACCUCUCCCAGCUGGUCCAGAUCAUCCUCCCAGAAGUCCACCACUGGCACCCUUUCUGCUCACAACUCCUCAGGCUCUUCAAAGAUCUCUGGGUCCCUGCUCAGCCCUCAGUCCUCAGGCGUGAGGAGCAUGGAGAAGAGGUUACCCUUCAGCCUUCGGAAGAGCCACGGCUCAGUGAAAGCCACUCCCCCGCCGCCGCCCACCCCCCUGGCCCAGGUGGUCCAUCUGAAGGACAUUGUCUGCUACCUGUCCCUGCUGGAGAGGGGACGGGCAGAGGAUAAGCUGGAAUUUAUGUUUCGCCUCUAUGAUACCGAUGGAAACGGUCUCCUGGACAGCUCGGAGCUGGAUCGGAUCAUCAACCAGAUGAUGCACGUGGCUGAGUAUCUGGAGUGGGACUCGGCCGAGCUGAAGCCUAUCUUGAAGGCCAUGAUGGAGGAGAUCGACUAUGACCACGACGGGACUGUGACACUGGAGGAGUGGAUCCGGGGUGGCAUGACCACCAUCCCCUUGCUGGUCCUCCUGGGGAUGGAGACGAAUGUGAAGGAUGAUGGCCAGCAUGCCUGGAGGCUGAAGCACUUCAAGAAACCUGCCUACUGCAACUUCUGCCGCACCAUGCUGCUGGGGGUCCGCAAGCAGGGCCUCUGCUGCUCCUUCUGCAAAUACACUGUCCAUGAGAGGUGUGUGUCCAAAGAUAUUGCCUCCUGCAUCAGCACCUACAUGAAAUCCAAGAGAAACACCAGUGUGAUGCAGCACACCUGGAUCGAGGGCAACUCUCCUGUCAAGUGCGACAGAUGCCACAAAAGCAUCAAGUGCUACCAGGGCAUCACUGGCCUGCAUUGUGUCUGGUGCCAAGUCACUCUGCACAACAAGUGUGCCUCCCACGUGAAGCCAGAGUGUGACGGGGGCCCGCUGCGGGACCACAUCUUGCUGCCAUCCUACAUCUGCCCGGUUGUCCUGGACAGGCAGUCCCACUGCCGGAGAUCGGAGAGCGACUCCCCUGCCAGCACCAGCCCUGAGGACAACCAGGGCUUCAAGUUCAACUCCACCACGGUGGAUGGGCAAGGACUCCAGAUCAGCCCUCGGCCUGGGACGCACCCCCUCCUGGUGCUGGUGAACCCCAAGAGCGGAGGAAGGCAAGGGGAGCGGGUCCUGCGGAAGUUCCACUACCUGCUCAACCCACGCCAAGUGUACAACCUGGACCGCGGCGGGCCUGCGCCGGGGCUGAGCUUCUUUCGGGACACCCCGGAUUUUCGUGUCCUGGCCUGCGGAGGGGACGGCACCGUGGGCUGGAUCCUGGAUUGCAUAGACAAGGCCAACUUGGUGAAGCACCCGCCGGUGGCUGUCCUGCCCCUGGGAACAGGCAAUGACCUGGCCAGGUGCCUGCGCUGGGGAGGAGGCUAUGAAGGAGGCAACCUGAUGAAGGUCCUAAAAGACAUUGAGCACAGCACAGAGGUCAUGCUGGACCGCUGGCAGAUAGACAUCGUUCCCAGUGACAGAGAGACCAACGGAGACCCUGUCCCAUCCACCAUCAUCAACAACUAUUUCUCCAUUGGCGUGGAUGCCUCCAUUGCCCACCGUUUUCACAUCAUGCGAGAAAAGCACCCCGAGAAAUUCAACAGCAGGAUGAAGAACAAGCUGUGGUACUUCGAAUUUGGGACAUCAGAGACCUUUGCAGCCACCUGCAAGAAGCUCCAUGACUAUGUUGAGGUGGAGUGUGAUGGGACCCUGCUAGACCUGAGCAACACAUCCCUGGAGGGCAUUGCCAUCCUCAACAUCCCCAGCAUGUAUGGAGGCUCCAACCUCUGGGGUGAGACCAAGAAGCAGCGUGGGUACAACCGGCUGGGCAAGAAAGCACCGGAGAAGCUGCAUGCCACAGUGGUCACUGAUGCCAAGGAGCUCAAGUUCUGUGUGCAGGACCUCAGUGACCACCUCUUGGAGGUGGUGGGGCUGGAAGGUGCCAUGGAGAUGGGGCAGAUCUACACGGGGCUGAAGAGCGCUGGAAAGAGACUGGCCCAGUGUUCAUCUGUCACCAUCAGGACCUCCAAGCUGUUGCCCAUGCAGGUAGAUGGGGAGCCCUGGAUGCAGCCAUCUUGCACUAUCAGAAUUACACACAAAAGCCAAGUGCCAAUGCUGCUGGGGCCCCCCCAGAAGAGCAGCUUCUUUUUCCUGAAGCGGAGAAGCCGAACUCGAGAUUAAGCAACGUGCCAGGAGCCACAGCCCAGAGCAACCUGGCAUCCUGGACACCCACCUGCUGCAGGGAGUCCCCAAACCCCUGCUCUACAGCAGAGAGAGAAAACAUCUCCACAAGCUUGGUGGGGAUGACUUGACCUGGGAAGGCCUUGGAAGCUCCUUUCCAACCACCCCAAGUAUCUUCUCCAGCUGAUGCAGAAGCAGUGGGUGAAGGCAGGCUGACGGCUGGGGAGUGCCUUCGCCAGAGCCAGUGCUGGGACUGCUUGUUUUCCACCUUCCCCCCUCCUCCUUUAUUUAAUACCACCCCUCACCCCCCUGGCAGAGCUGCAGAGGAGCACUCCUCCAAGGAAUGUUGGGCUUCACUUAUUGAUGUUCUGCUCCUCUUGAAGGACACUCCAUGUUCUGCUGCGCUGGCUUCCCGUCCACCGACCCUGCUACAGGGGACAAGUUAUUUAUUUCCUUAGCCUAGAUGAGGCAGUUCCUGCCAUGCCUUUGGCAUCUCUGGGGUGGGUCUGAAGCAGAUGCAAAGACAGCCCUGGCUGCUGGCCCUGGUUGCUGCCAGUGGUGGGAAGAGCUGGGAACAAGCAGUGCCUGGGCCAUGGGGACAAGCAUGGGGUGGACAAGAGGAGACUGUGUUUUGUUGUGGAAAUGGCAAAAAAGGGAUUCUAGGGGGGAGCUGUGAAUCCUGGGAACCCCCCACACCCCAGCUUUGGCCUUUGUGUUCAUAUUUAUGUAUUUAUUUAGCAAACUUGGGGGGGGACUUUGGUGAUUGCCUUCUUUUUAGGAGCCUGGUUUGGACACCAACACCACCUUCCUUCUCUGCUGGCUGUCCCCCAUGGCACCUCCUGCUGCAUGGGACUUUCCUCUCUCCUAACACCUGCCAGCCUGCACCAGGAACUGGGGACCCUGAGGACAGACAUUCAGAAGCUCUUCUCAUUUGAAAAUGUGUCUGUCCCCUCCUGCUUUUUUACUUCUCCUCAUGUGCUUGGCCAAACCUGUGUUCUCCCAGCGGCUCCUGGUAUUGCUCCAAUGCUCCUGGAUGGCUGCAGGGCUAGGGGCAGAGCUGCUGCACCUUGGUUUCUGCAUGGCCAGGUCUCCCCUGGCCCCACCCUGAAGCCAAAUAGCUCCACAGCUGCUAUUGCUGCUGCCAGCCCCUUGCCUGCACCCAGUUUCUUCUAGUCUCCUCACCCAGCUGGCUGCCAAAGCUCAGCAAAGAUGCAGGGGCAGGUUUCCGUGGCCUCACUUGUGUGUCUCCCACCAGGAGCAUGAGGACAGGUCACAGGACACAGCUUCUCCCCAGGGCACAACAGGGACCAGCAAAUAGAUAAUUGCAUGGAGGAGGCAGUGGUCUGGGUGUGUGCCCCACUUCAUGGUGCUCCCAGGACUGGCCUAUGGAAGGGCUGCUGGUUGCUUAUGCAGGUAUCCCCUGCCUCCUGUGGUGGCCCUGCCUGGGGGGACAGUCAGCUGCCAAAUCAGGCUGUGCUCCCAGGCAGCUCUCCAGGCUCUGGCAGAGGCCCCUGUGCUGCUGUGGGCAAGCUGGAAGUGGUGUGUGCCUCGUGGCUGUGGCUGCAGGCAGGGGCACCACUGCUUGUCCCUGCUCUGCCCCUGACACAGAGCACAAAGGCCUAGCUGGGACAAGCCAUGCUGUCCUCCCUAGUGACCCAGCACCUGAUCCCUCCCCAUGCUGCAGGCCCCCAUUCAAUAGCUUUCCCCUGGCAGUGCAGAGGGUACUGCCAUCAUUAUGCUUCAGAGUGUACAGAGUGAAAGGGAAUUGUUCCUCCCCCUCUCCUGGCAGGGACAGUACUGUUGGGCACUUACUUAAGCUUCAGCUCAGAGUUGUGGAGUCUGUAAAGCUCUGCUGACAUGAGAGGAGGCCAUGGCACUCCAGGGGCCUCUAAGUCCCCAAGUCCACCUCAGUCAGGGCACAGAGGGAUGCUCUGGUGGGCUGCUGAGGUGUCCUUUUCUCCAGCCCUUUGCACCAUCAAGGGCGAGCUGGGGAGGGGGUGUUGGCCAUAAUGCCACACCAAAGGGGCCCCUAAAGACAAGCUGGCAGGGGAGCACCAGUGGUGCCCAGCGUGUAGAGGGGGCUCAGCACCACAAGGAACCUGGGGCUGAGCACAGGCCUGACUGGCUGGUGCAGAGGUCACCACAGCUCACUGGAGCAGCCACCUGCAUGAUGGGCACGCUCCACCCAUGGUGCAGAAAUCCACUGUCCUCCUCCUUUGUCAGCGGGGCAGCCAUUAAUGAGUAGCCAAGUGAAGGCAUAGGAGAACAAAGCCCAGUAAGCCUCGGAGGCUUGCCAUGGAGCAGCAGCCUCUCCCCAUCCUCUCCCCUGCAGUGGCUGAGCUUUGCAGCCCCCACGUGUGGGGAAGGGGAAAGGGAAAAACCUCAGCCAUCUCCAGAGCUUUGCCAGCAGGCAGGGUGAUGGGUUUGACCCAUGGGCUGAAAUCUCCCGAGGUCAGCAGUGUUUCCAGCAGUGGUUUUUGGCUCCGUUUCCCUGCCUGUUUGGCCUCAACCCCGUGUUUUGUCCUGGGGCUCUGAUUACAAGGUUCCUGUGUAGAAUCAGCAGUGGUUUCAACCACAGACCUGCUCCUUGCACCCAGACAUGGUCUGCUGGGCUCUGGGCAAAGAGCAGCUCUCAGGCCGCUGUUGCUGUUCAGCGGUGGCAGAACUUGCGGAUGCAAGCGGGCACCGUGCCCACGGCCACAUGCAUGGGUCCAGAAGCGUGCCACAGGCAAGAAGCUCUCAUUCGAGCCCAAAGCCAGAGGGAAGCACUCAGAUGCAUGUCCUGCAGGGCAGAGGGAGCUCAGGGCCAGCGCUCUGCACCAGCAGGAAGAUGGCAGUGGUCUGCAGAUAGCGAUGGGCUCUGGUACAAACAUCCUCUUCUGAUGAUCGGUGAGACAGCCCCUGCCACCUUCCCGAGGGGACGCAGCCUCAACGCACUCCAGCCAUGCUGAAGCUACAGUUCAAUGGGCCAAACAGCUGGCCACCUCCUUAGUCCAACAGUACAAAGGUCUCCAGCCCAGGAGGGGACCUACAGGGCCCGGGACACCAGCCUGGAUGUCCACAGCUCUGGAGAGCAAUGAGGCACGUAUCCAAGAGGCCAGUGAGGCUCCCCAACCCUCCUUGUCUCCCUUGGUGUUUCCUCGGCCUCCUUCAUCCCCCAAAGGGUGCAGGAUGGAGCAGGAGCUCUCAGGCACGCUGAAGCCUCAGGCACCAGGAGUGCUGGGGGACUCCUGAGAGCUGUUGAACCCCAUUCCCACGGGAGCCCCCUCAGCCCAGUACCAGCCCUGUCAUCCCACUGUGCGUAGCCGUGGUUGCUUGCAUGGAAAUGGCGUCCGUAGCCUAGCACGUGUUGCCGUGUCCAGCUGGACUGCUGUGGGCUUGCCUCAAAUAAAGAUGG